GAUACACUGGUUGACCGGUGACCAUAAAGUAAACCAUCAUUCAUAAGAAAACAGCUUUUUACCACUCAUCAUCUCAUCAUCACUGCUAUCUCUGAACUCACUCAUUCAGAUCUCUCAUUUCCAUUCAUCCACUCCAUUUUCUACCAUGGCUGUUGAAUUGAUUACCGAUGCUGCUCUGUCCAAAUUCUUUGAGAAGACUUUUGACAAUGUAUUUUCUCGUUUGGGGGACAUAUUUCGUGGAGAUAAAAGUAAAAAGAAGCAGCUAAGCAACUUGAAGGUGAAGCUCCUAGCCGUUGAGGUUGUGACUGAUGACGCAGAACAAAAACAGUUCACAGAUCAACGCGUAAGAGAAUGGCUUCUUAGUGCCAAAGGUUUCAUGUUCGAUGUGGAGGAUCUCUUGGAGGAAAUAAAUCAUGCACUCUCCAAGAGCCAAGUGGAAGCUGAAUCUCAUAGUGCUGCUAAAAAGGUGUGGAAUUCCCUCAAAUCUCCUUUUGUCAGUUUCUUUAAAAAUGAAAUUGAAUCAAGGAUGGAAAAACUCAUUGAGAACCUAGAAUAUCUAGAAACACAAAGCCAUGUUCUAGGUUUGAAAAGGAAUGCUGAUGUUGGGGAGGGAUCAAGAUCGGGAAGUAAAUUACGAUCAACAUAUUUGCCAAACGAUAGUGUUAUCUAUGGCAGAGAUGAUGACAAAGAAUUUGUCCUUAACUGGCUCACAUCUCACACUCACAACAAUCUGUCUAUACUUUCUAUUGUGGGAAUGGGAGGGGUGGGUAAGACCACUCUUGCCCAACAUGUAUUCAAUGAUCCAAGGACGGAUGAGGCUAAAUUUGAUGUCAAAGCUUGGGUCUGUGUUUCUGAUGAAUUUGAUGUGUUCAAGGUAUCCAAAACUAUUCUUGAGCAUGUUACUAGAUCAACUGAUAAUAGUGGAGAUAUCGAGAUGGUUCACCAAAGUUUGAAGGAAACAUUGACUGGGAAAAAAUUUCUUCUUAUUUUGGAUGAUGUUUGGAACGAAGACAAAUCUAAAUGGGAAGAAGUGCAAAAGCCCCUUCUUUACGGAGCACAAGGAAGUAGGAUUGUUGUGACUACCCGUAGUAAGGAAGUUGCUUCUACCAUUCGGUCAAAAGAACGCUUUCUAGAGCAAUUGCCGGAAGGUCCUAGCUUAGAGUUGUUUGCUAAACAUGCAUUUCCAGAUGAUUAUGAUGCUCAAUCAAAUCCAGAGUGCAACAAAAUUGGCGAGAAGAUUGUUAAAAAAUGUAAAGGACUGCCUCUUGCCUUGAAAACAAUGGGAAGUCUAUUAUACAACAAAUUAUCUGUUUCAGAAUGGGAAUUUGUGUUCCAAAGCGAGAUAUGGGACCUUCCAGAAGAGCGUUGUAAUAUUGUUCCCGCCUUAGCAUUGAGCUAUAUCCACCUUCCUUCCCAUUUGAAGGUCUGCUUUGCUUACUGUGCCCUAUUUCCCAAGGAUUAUAAGUUUAAAAAGGAACAUUUGAUUGAGUUAUGGAUUACUGAAAAUUUCCUACAACACGGUAAGAGUCCAGAAGAAACUGGCCAACAAUACUUCAAUGAACUACUAUCAAGGUCCUUCUUUCAACGAUCAGGUGAUGCGGAAGAAGUAUUUGUCAUGCAUGACCUUCUAAAUGAUUUGGCAAAAUAUGUCGCCGGAGACAUAUAUUUCAGGUGUGAACUUAGUCAAACAAAUGAGAUACAAAAAGCAUCUCGGCAUUUUUUCUUUGAACCUGGUGACGACGGAGGCUUUCCUGGGUUUGGAACUUUAUGUAAAACGCAAAGGUUGCGAACAUUUCUGCCAACACCAAAUAGUUUUUGGAUUUGCAAUAUGUCGAUACAUGAAUUGUUCACCAAGUUCAAGUUCUUGCGUAUCUUAUCACUCUCUAAUUGUUGUGACAUUGAAGAGUUACCUGACUCUGUCGGCAAUCUUCAGCAUCUCCGUUCGUUAGACCUCUCCGGGACUGAUAUCAAAAAACUAUCUGAAAGUAUAUGCUCACUUUCCCACUUGCAAAUACUGAAGUUGAACUACUGUAUGGAUUUGGAGGAGUUGCCCUCAAAUUUGCAUUUAAUCACCACUUUGUGUCGUCUUGAAUUUACAUUCACUAAAGUGAGAAAAGUGCCACCAGGUUUGGAAGAACUAAAGAAUCUUAAAGUAAUGAUGGAUAUAUUUAAAGUUGACCAUAGCAUGGAGUCGGGUAUUCAACGGCUAGGAAAGCUCAACAACCUUCAUGAAAGCCUAUCAAUUCAGGGGCUGCAGGACAUUGAGAAUCCCCGAGAUGCAUUAGAAGCAGAUUUGAAGAAUAAAACACACCUAACGGGGUUGGCGUUGGUAUGGGAGAGAACUGGGAACUUUAUUGAUUCAAAAAGGGAAGAGGACGUAAUUGAGAAUCUGAAACCUCCUAAAAACUUGAAGGAGUUGUCAAUCUUCAACUAUGGUGGCAAACAACUUCCAAAUUGGUUACUAGAGAAUUCACUGUGGAAUAUGGUGUUAUUAAAGUUGGAUGGAUGUGAAUCUUGCCAACGUUUACCUCCGCUUGGUCUUUUGCCAUUUCUUAAGAAGCUGGAUAUUUCAGGGUUUGAUGAGAUAGUGAGCAUUGAUGUUGAUUUUCAUGGGAAUAACUCUUCUUCAUUUCAAUCCCUUGAAAGGUUGAAGUUCUCCAAUAUGAGGCAAUGGGAAAAAUGGGAAUGCCAAGCUGUGACAGGUGCUUUUCCAAAUCUUCUAAUGCUUUCUAUAAAGGAUUGUCCGAAACUGAAAGGACAGCUGCCAGAGCUACCUGCUCCUUUGGGAAUGCUAGAAAUGAUAGAUUGCCAACAACUUGAAGGUUUCGCUCCCAGGGUUCUAAAAUUAGAACUACAUAACUGUGGAAAGGUGCAAUUGGAUUGGGCUACAAUGGAAUGGUUUAGAAUGGGUGGGCACCACAUGAAAGCAUUAUUCUCUGAAAGGGAUGGGUCCCACACUCUUGAUGAGUUGGAAAUUGUAGAGUCAAUCACUGAUGACUCUAAAACACCUCUGAUGACCUUUCCACUAGAUUCCUUCCCAACAGUCACAAAACUUGUUCUCUCUGGUUUUGGCAAUCUGCAGAUGAUUUCACUUGAUCAAGCUCAUCAUCAUCUCGAUGUUCUAACAAUCAGUAAGUGCCCUAAACUAGAAUCAUUGCCUGGAAGCAUGCAUAUGUUGCUUCCAUCUCUUACGAGCUUAUGUAUAAAAGACUGUCCAAGACUUGAGUCCUUCACUGACGGAGGUUUGCCAUCAAAUCUGGAGUCUUUAAGAAUCGAAGAUUGUCCAAGACUUGAGUCGUUACCCGAUGGAGGUUUGUUAUCAAAUCUAAGAGAGAUGAGAAUCAUUAAGUGCUCCAAACUUAAAUCAUUGCCUGGAAACAUGCAUAUGCUUCUUCCAUCUCUAAAACAUAUAUGGAUAGAAGACUGUCCAAGACUUGAGUCCUUCACUGACGGAGGUUUGCCAUCAAAUCUGGAGUCUUUAAUAAGAAUCGAAGAUUGUCCAAGACUUGAGUCGUUACCCGAUGGAGGUUUGUUAUCAAAUCUAAGAGAGAUGAGAAUCAUUAAGUGCUCCAAACUUAAAUCAUUGCCUGGAAACAUGCAUAUGCUUCUUCCAUCUCUAAAACAUCUAUGGAUAGAAGACUGUCCAAGACUUGAGUCCUUCCCUGACGGAGGUUUGCCAUCAGGUCUACACGAGAUGACACUCAAGAAUUGCUCUAGACUUGUUGGCUCAUUGAAAGGAGCUUUCAGAGACGGUUCAUAUUUGGGAGACUUGUCCAUUAAGGAACUGGAUGCAAAAUGUUUUCCUGAAGAAGGUUUGCUUCCAGCCUCUCUUACUGAUCUAACCAUCAGUGCUUGUCCAAAUCUAGAAGAAUUAGACUAUAAGGGGCUUUCUCAACUCUCAUCUCUCCGAUCAUUGACUCUUGAGUGCUGCCCCAAACUCCAAUGCUUACCAAAGGAGGGUCUUCCCCAAUCAAUUUCAUAUCUUUUCAUAAUAGGCUGUCCUUUGCUCGAACAACGUUGCCAGGAAGGAGGGAAAGACCGGAAAAAGAUUGCUCACAUUCAACAUAGCAAUUUAUACUAACUACUUAUUUGAAGCGGAGAGAUGGAUCGGUCCAACAAAUGUUUGCAACUUCUCAAACAACAACUCCUGAAUUCUGUGACCAAUUCGACACAUAGCUGUUUAAGUUUUGAAUGGUAUAAACGAUGAUUAAGAGAGAAUGAAGAUACUCAAUUAGCAUUGUCUGAGAUUCAUCAUUUUUGACAGCACUUAUCCGUUCAAGAACUGUGGAUGCACCUGUUAGGGAAGAAGAGAAGGAGACAGACUUACUUCACAUAUAUGUUUGGUUACUAAAAAUACAAUUAUUCUUCUUCUAUUAAUAUAAAGACUUAAUCUUAUAUAGUCAGAGCAUGUUAUGGAAAUUAACAAGCAGUAAUAAGGUGCAAGAUUUGAAUGUAAGGGUGAUAAAAAUCAUUGUAUCUCCAAAACUAGAAGGAACCUACAUUUUACAAGCACUAGAAUAUAUUGGAUGAUAAAAUGUAUUCA